AACCUUCUCCACAGUUCACACGCGUUUAGGCUUGAAAGUUGAGAGGGGCUUCGCACGAGCACAUACAACUGAGAUUCUCUGCGGUCAGCCCUAUGCACGUGUCUAACUCAAACCUCGAGGCUAUUCCGACUAUAUUUUAUUUUCCUUCUUCCCCUUCGCUCUUUGCUCUCUCGCACUCAAUUAUCUCCCUUUCCAACUGCUGGGCGACAGAAGCGUCUUUGCUUGAAUAGGUCGCUCUAAAGAAUCUUCAAUUUCAUUUUACGCUGAAGGAAUCCCGAUUCUCGAAUUCUCUGUAGCCGGCCGAACAUUUGAUGAAGUAGAAGAGCUCUGGUGAUGGAAGCCGGAAUUCCCUCGAAUUUUACUUACCUAGGACGGAGCUUUGGUGAUCUGAGCAUCGGUGAUGAUUCAUCUUCAGCUUUCAGUGACUGCAACAGCGAUCGAUCAGGUGAAUUCCCGACCACCUCCGCGCAUAGCCGCCGCCUCCUGGUGGCUUGCGCUUCUGAUAAUUCCGAUGAUCUGAUUCGUCAGCAUGUCUCCGAUCUCGAAUCGGGCUCGCUAGACGUGCAGAGGCAGGCGGCCAUGGAGCUUAGACUCCUCGCCAAGAACAAACAGGAAAACCGCCUCAAGAUUGCUCGUGCUGGGGCUGUAAGGCCUCUUAUAUCUCUUAUCUCCUCUUCCGAUGCUCAGCUUCAAGAGAACGGUGUCACCGCGAUUCUGAACCUCUCCUUAUGCGACGAAAACAAGGACCUAAUCACCUCCUCGGGAGCAAUUAAGCCUCUGGUGAGAGCUCUCAAGACCGGAACAGCAACCGCAAAGGAGAACGCCGCCUGUGCCCUGCUCCGCCUCUCGCAGAUCGAGGAGAACAAGAUUAUAAUUGGACGGUCCGGCGCCGUCCCACUUCUAGUAUACCUAUUGGAGAACGGCGGUUCUCGCGGGAAAAAGGACGCAUUAACGGCUCUUUAUUCGCUGUGUUCGGUGAAGGAGAACAAAGUUAGAGCUAUUCAAGCAGGGAUAAUGAAACCGCUUGUUGAAUUAAUGGCGGGUCUCGAGUCCGGUAUGGUAGAUAAAGCGGCUUUUGUGUUGAGCAUCCUGAUUUCUGUACCGGAUGCGAAAACUGCUUUGGUCGAUGAAGGCGGUAUCCCCGUACUGGUGGAGAUCGUGGAGGUAGGGACACAGAGACAGAAAGAAGUCGCGACGGCUGUUCUUUUGCAGAUCUGCGAGGAUAAUUUGGUUUACCGAACCAUGGUAAGUCGCGAAGGGGCAAUUCCGCCGUUAGUAGCUUUGUCUCAGUCCGGCACGACUCGCGCCAAGCAGAAGGCUGAGGCACUUAUUGGUCUACUACGGCAACCGAGAUCCGGCAACAGCGCGGCAAGGACAUCAGAUUGUCAGACCAGUGGAGUCUCGCAUAAAUAGACGGAAAAGGAUGAUAAAAAUGAAGGGGAAGAAAAACUGAAAAAGGGAGAGCUUUGAAAAAAAAAAUGUAAAUAACAAAAUGUCUGUGUAACGGAGAUUGUAUAUUCAUGGUGACUUGUUUUGCUUUUUCGCUUUUUUCUUUUUAAUCCAAAUUUUGUAUAAUUUAGUUAAGCUCGUUCCUUUUUCUUUCUGGAAUCUGGAGGGUUUUGAUUUAGAUUUUAGACUAUGAUCAAUGUUACACUGAGAUGUACUUUAAAUGAAUAUAUUUGCGUUGCAUUUAAAUGUGGAAAAGAGUUAUCAGAGAAAUUUCUAA